CCCCACAUCUGCGUAGGCACCCGGGUUUCGCAUCAUUGCUAUCUCAAACUUGAGAAAUAGAAAGCCCCUCCCCAACUUUAGACUUUUUUUGCCCUCCUGGUAUUUUGGGGAUAUUCCUUGUUGCCAUUCCGUUGAUCCUCGUAUUCAAUGGCCAACGAAAAUGUCGGCCCCUCCCAGGAUGCUGAUCAAUUUUCUGGUGGUCGCCCGGGGCUUCAUCAUCCGCGACCAAUUCGUUAUGCUUCUACACCUUCAUAUGAGAGUCCACGGAGGCAUCAUCGCCGGAACCCGAUAGCUAGACGUCCAGUCAAGGAAACGCUGAAUGCUCGAUCUGAAUAUACUACUAGCCAGGAUGAUGGGACCGCUGAGCAUAGAAUCAACCAAUAUGUGAUCAAACAAGAGAUUGGUAGAGGUUCUUUUGGAGCCGUGCAUCUUGCUAUUGAUCAGUUUGGAAACGAAUACGCUGUCAAGGAAUUCUCCAAGGCACGGCUAAGGAAGCGCGCCCAGUCUCACUUGUUACGCAGGCCUCGGGGUCCUAAACGCCCGUCAGAUGGCUUCAAUUCUCCACUUCACCGUCGUUCACUGGAAGAUGCAGAUCAGAAAGGCAACGCUCUUUACCUUAUCAAAGAAGAAAUAGCUAUCAUGAAGAAACUACAUCAUCACAAUUUGGUGUCUUUGACUGAGGUCUUGGAUGAUCCGACGGAGGAUUCUCUAUACAUGGUCAUGGAGAUGUGUAAGAAAGGGGUAGUUAUGAAAGUUGGACUUGAAGAAAGAGCCGACCCCUACGAUGACGAACUCUGCCGCUGUUGGUUUCGCGAUCUUAUCUUGGGAAUAGAAUAUCUGCACGCCCAGGGCAUUGUACAUCGUGAUAUCAAACCGGAUAACUGCCUCAUAACGAGCGACGACGUUCUCAAGGUAGUGGACUUUGGAGUGUCGGAGAUGUUUGAGAAAGACUCAGACAUGUUCACGGCAAAAUCAGCUGGUUCACCUGCUUUCCUUCCGCCAGAGCUGUGCGUUGUCAAACACGGAGAUGUCUCGGGAAAAGCAGCCGACAUAUGGUCUAUGGGAGUUACAUUGUACUGUCUGCGGUACGGCAGAUUGCCCUUCGAGAAGCAGAGCAUUUUUGAGCUCUACGAGGCCAUCAAGACUGACCCAGUGGUAUGCGAGGGAGAAAACGACGAAAACUUCAAGGACUUGAUGUCGCGAAUUCUAGAGAAAGAUCCGACUAAAAGGAUACAAAUGAGUGAAUUGCGAGAGCACCCCUGGGUGACAAGGAGCGGUCUGGACCCUCUAUUGCCAGAGAGCGAGAAUACAGCGGAAAUCAUUGGGCUUCCGACCGAAGAGGAAAUGAAUUCAGCUAUCACAAAGACUAUCGGUCAUGUCCUAGCUGUAAUGAAAGCUGUGAAGAAUUUUAAGAGAUUGAUUGACCCUUCUAAGGUAGAUCAGCCUAUGCAGAGUAUUCUUGGGCAGGAGUAUGAGACGCACUUUGUUCAACCUCCCCUUGAGAUGGACCCAGAAGAAAGUUUCGCAGCUGAGAAUGUUCCACAUCCCAACAAAAGCCAGAGCUUGAACACAUACAAUAGAAGUGCCCGGCAACGCGAUGAUGUUCUCAAAGGGUAUCAUUUGCAUCACGAAGAACCACUUUCGCAGCCAUUAGACAACACUGGCUCCAAUAUCUCUGGGAAGCAAGAUCUUGUGACACACAGCAGCAGUAAGCAUACUGCAAGCAUUAGACCCGAGAGAAGAGACUCGGGAUUCAUACGUAGCGGCAAACUACUCAGAGAAUCUGUCGAUGACCCACAAACGAUAAACACGCCCGGGUCUUCAUCACCUCAAGUGCCACUGUCGCGGACUAGUUCUGUUCUUACCAAACGCAGCAUUGAGGGAACGCGAGGACAUGCACGGGAUCCAUUGGAAGAAGAGUUCCCGUUCUUAUGUAUUGGACCUUCUACUUAUACCGGCUCACCUCCCACGGAUACUGGUGACUCCAGCAUGGAUUACAUCUUUGAUGAACCGGAUACCUUGUUAUCUGCCGAGCCUUCUGAAAUUGACCGGUACCCUAUUGUGAGCGAAUCACCAGGUGCAGCUGAAUUUGAUAUCUACGAGACCGCCUAUCGGCAGGAAAUUGAGCGUAUCCGAGCCCGCAGUCUCCCUCGUCAGGGUACUACGCCAAAGGUGUAUUUAACUCGUCGCGUGGAUGGAAAAGAUGAUGUGAUGAAACUAGUAGAAGAAAAAAUCCCCGGAACUGUUCCAGAUAUUGGCAGAAGACUUGCAAAACCAUCGAGUCCGAGUCUAACUUCCGCCGUGAGCGCUAUACGAGCUCAAUUGGAGCUUAAGAGGCAGCAACAGAGGCAUGACAUAGCGGCUAUAACCCCCGAGAAUCAAGAAUAGCCCCUGGUCAUUUGGCUGCCCGCUUCAUUAACAACGCCCAUAAAACAUUAUCGCAUACUUAGAUACUUUCAACUGGCCCCGAGGCUCCCUUAUUAGAGCACCCCUAUACAAGUUAGUCUUUAUCUAAUAGUUACGAAAACAGGUCCUUGAAGCACAGUGAACCUCCGUUGUAAGAAUUGAACGGUUCACGGGGCCCUUUUCAGACGGAAGGGGAAAUCUCAAUGCGGCUGUUUCCCCACCCUAAACCCCAUUCCCCUCUGAUAUUUGCAUAUUGGUGAAUAUGUAUUGCUACAUAUUUUCUAGUGAUAACAGAUGUACGUCUGUGCCAUACGCACUUGUUACAUUGAAGGGUGGUCUUAAGACGCAAAGUUUCGGUCGGUGCCUUUGGAGUCACUCAACUAUGACUGUGGUUGUGCAGCCCACAAUGCCAUGCAAUGUGUAUACAAUAUGUAUGGUCAUGCACUAUUUACCUGUAGAUAUGGAAUGAGUAUCUUCUCAACCUAUAAGACGCCAAAUCUGUACGUAUAUAGGCCUAUAUCAUCG